UUGGAAAGUACAAAAAAAAAAUAUAUAGGUACAUUCCCCACCCUCUCCAUUGGGCUACCAAGAAAUGGCGAAAAUCGCUUGUGUGUCAGCAAUCUUGCUUGGAUUGUGCUAUUUUUCUAUCCAUGCCAAUGCAUUUUCACCUUCUGGGUGGGCUAAAGGACAUGCUACCUUCUAUGGCGGUAGCGAUGCCUCAGGAACUAUGGGAGGAGCUUGUGGGUACGGGAACUUGAAUUCCACAGGGUAUGGGACUAGGACUACAGCUUUAAGCACUGCAUUGUUCAACGAUGGAGCUUCAUGUGGACAGUGCUACAAGAUCAUAUGUGAUUAUCAAACUGACCCUCGAUGGUGUAAGAAGGGAGUAUCCGUGACAGUCACUGCAACAAACUACUGCCCUCCGAACUAUGAUCUUCCAAGCAACAAUGGCGGGUGGUGCAAUCCACCUCUCCAGCAUUUCGAUAUGGCUCAGCCUGCCUGGGAAAAGAUUGGCAUUUACCGUGGAGGGAUCGUGCCCGUGUUAUUCCAAAGGGUUCCAUGCAAGAAGCAUGGUGGGGUUAGAUUCACCAUAAAUGGAAGAGAUUACUUUGAGCUUGUUUUGAUUAGCAAUGUGGGAGGGGCUGGAUCUAUUCAAUCUGCAUACAUCAAAGGCUCAGGAACUGGUUGGAUGGCAAUGUCAAGAAACUGGGGUGCUAAUUGGCAAUCCAAUACCUAUCUCAAUGCCCAAUCUCUGUCCUUCAGGGUCACCACUACUGAUGGAGAAACCAAAUUGUUCCAAAACAUCGUGCCAUCAAAUUGGGCUUUUGGCCAAACCUUCUCCAGCGCUGUACAAUUCAGCUGAAAACAUGCAGUUCAGGGUUCAAGGUUUAGGGCAGAGGCGUGCUUACUAUUUUCCUGAAGCAGCCCGCCACUCUUUUUCGGAUCGUCUAAUGAGGUGGUUACCGGCGUACAGUUCUGGCUGGCGGUUGAGAUGAUAGGCAAACCCAUGAACCCAAGUCUAGCUGUUAGCUUUGUGCAUUUUUGAACCAAGAAGGCAUUAGGCUUGCCCCUAUAUAUGUGUGGAUGUUGCAUUUAUUUGUUCAUUUUGUUGUACACCAAUAAGAAGCGCAGUGAAAAUGGAGCUUCAGUAUGUAGAAAUAUUUAAAUUUACAAUUUAUAUUCUUGUAAUAUGAAUCCUAUUGUAAUAGUUAUACAUUCGGAAUUGAAGUUAAUUUCCUACGUACCUUUUUGCUUAA